CCUUUUGGACCAGCGCAAACAGAAAAAGCUUGGCCUGCAGUUUUUAUUUAACUAGACUACACAAAACACAAUACCGGCGUGUUUUUCAGCUGGCUGCGGAUUAUUUCCAACCGCCAUUUUCAGCGACCCAGACACGGACAGGAUGGACACGGACUACUCGAGCUUCGAGAGCCCGCUCUACAGUGAACUGAAAUAUUUUUGCAAAAAGAUACAAGAGGCGUACAAAGAACUGAAGGAAGAUCUAACGCCAUACAGAGACGAUCGAUUCUACAGGCUCGCACCCAUGCGUCUCUACACGCUCUCCAAACGGCAUUUCGUGUUGGUGUUUGUCGUUUUCUUAGUCUGCUUUGGCCUCACGGUUUUCAUCGGCAUCGCAGGUCCCAAAAUCAUUUAUGAGUCGACGUACAUCGGCACCAAGCUGCUGGCUGGGAAUGUCACUGUGAAGUCUGGCCCGUUCAACUUAAAAUCUCCACCAUUGUCCACCUACAACCAGCAGCUGUGGCUGACCUGCGUGAUCCAGCCAGAUAAAACCAACGGGGUGGAGUUCCACCAGCCGUUUGAGAUCAACGUGGAGCUGAAGGGGGUGAUGCAGGACACCAGCGUGAUGCAGGUCAACAACAAUGUGCACCAGAAGUUCCGCACCCUGCACUGUGCUGAGAAAUGCGACGAGAUCAUCGUGGUGCACCUGGGCUACCUGAACUACACGCAGUAUCGGAUCAACGUCAGCUUCCGGGGCCUGGAGAACCUCACCUACAGCGUCAAGGAGGUGAUCUUCACGUGGAAGCUCUACAACCCCUCCUUCUCGCAGGUGGAAAUUUGGUUUCGGUUUGUCUUCGUGGUCUUAACCUUCAUGGUGACGUGCAUGUUUGCUCACUCGCUGCGUAAGUUCUCCAUGAGGGACUGGGGCAUCGAGCAGAAGUGGAUGUCCAUCCUGUUACCCCUGCUCCUGCUGUAUAACGACCCCUUCUUCCCGCUGUCCUUCCUGGUGAACAGCUGGUUCCCGGGAAUGCUGGACGCGCUUUUCCAGGCGGUGUUCCUGUGUGCCCUGCUGCUCUUCUGGCUCUGCGUGUACCAUGGGAUCCGAGUUCAGGGAGAGAGAAAGUGCCUCACCUUCUACCUGCCCAAGCUCGUCAUCGUCGGCCUUCUGUGGCUGUCCGCUGUCACCCUGGGGAUAUGGCAGACGGUGAACGAGCUUCAUGAUCCGACAUACCAGUACAAAGUAGACAUUCACAAUUUUCAGGGAAUGAAGAUGUUCUUCCUGGUGGUGGCUUGCUUUUACGUCUUAUAUCUAAUAUUCCUGAUAGUCCGAGCCUGCUCUGAGCUGAAGAACAUGCCUUACUCAGAUCUCCGACUAAAGUUCUUGACGGCCCUGACCUUUGUUGUGCUGGUUAUCAGUAUGGUGAUACUGUACCUGAGGUUUGGGGCCAAGGUCCUUCAAGACAACUUUGUGGCAGAGCUGUCCACUCACUACCAGAAUUCAGCCGAAUUUCUGUCCUUCUACGGCCUGCUGAACUUCUACCUCUACACUCUGGCCUUUGUGUACUCUCCUUCAAAGAACGCCCUCUAUGACUCGCAGCUGAAGGAUAAUCCUGCUUUUUCGAUGCUGAACGACUCUGAUGAUGAAGUCAUAUACGGGAGUGACUACGAAGAGAUGCCUCUACAAAAUGGCCGUGCCGUCAAAGCUGCAGCAAAGUACCAGGAUGAAAGUGACAGCGAUUGAUCGACUAGGCUACUUGAGUGACAUGCCUUCAUUGUAACAUAGACGGAAGGGGGAGUGGUGGGGCCACGAACGUAUGGAACCACGUGUAUGUAAAUAGUGUCUUGUUUAAAUUAAAUGCAAAUGAUAUAUAUAUUUUUAAACUGAAAAAAAAACCUUUAAUUGCCACUGAAUGUAAUUUAAUUUCAAUAAGAGUAGUGUUAUGCGGGCAUGUACUGAAUUCGCCUGGCGGCACGGUUGCUUAAGGGAAACUGUAAAUUGGACAACUAGCUAUAAAACAGCCGCCAGCUUUUCCACAACUUUUUAUUUUAUUUUUCCCAUUUCGGUAUGAUGGUUGAAGAGAUGAACAUGGAUGAUACUGGCUGUAUAAGGGAAGAGGCAAAGAGAUGUCACAAUCUGUACAUACUGCGUGGCAUAUAUAAAAAAAAAAACGAGCGCUUUGAUUUUAAAUAGGUUUAAACCUUUUUUUGUGUGUGUAAAAUGUCGUGAUUUUCCCAUUCCGUCUGCUUCUCCGUCGGCACGGACAGCACUGGGUGUCUGGCGAGUAGUGCCGUCGACGAGAGGGCCUUAAACUUUGUAGGUGUAAUUGUUUACGUGCUAAUGUGACUUUACUUUGCCUGAAAUCAUUCCUGUUUCCAGAGCCGCGUUGAAAUCGCACUCCCUGUUUUUGUUUCGUGACUUAACUUAUCGAAGCUGAAAAAAACGGUUCCUUUUUAAAAACUGAAGUCAUGCAAUACUGCACAUUCCUGUCGCAACAGACGAACGUUCUUAAGUCUACUAUCGUACAAGAAUGUAUCCCAAAGGAACUCUCUCACCUUAGUGAAAUUGUACAGUGGUUAGUGAAUGUUUCCUUUGCCUAGUUUUGUCUUAAUUUCCAAUUACCCUCAAAGUGUUUGCCAAAGUUUCUACAUCGAUAUUAAAAUGGUAUUCAAAUGUUGCUUCAUAUUGUAAGAGCAUUUAAAUGAUAUUGCAGGCCUGUUGGUUUAACUAGGUGUCGUAACUGAAAUGCUCACCCAGCAGAUAUUGACCGUCUGCAGUUUUUUUCUAUUGCACGUGUAAAUAGAAAGCUCCUCCCCACCACCACCACGUAAUCUUUUAUUUGCUAUAGCAUUAUUACGCAAUUGCAGUUGGGCGCCUUUAUUUGUUGGUUUAAAAAAAUUGACACACAUCGCAUGAAAAUGUGCUUUAAAAGAAUCAGAAUAUAGAACCUUUACACAACGUCCCGAUAUUUUGUAGUCCCUGUUUUUAUGCUUGCGGACUACAUGAUCACGUUGUGGCGCCACAACAAGGUAAGAACAUUAAGUUUAAGUUGGAAAGGUAAACGGUUGGAAAGGUAAAACGGGUUAUUGUUUAAACCCAGAUCUGUGUGGAAGAAAAGCCGUGUCAUUAAACCCCAGAAAGUGUUGUGCCUUGCUUACUAUCACUUGUUACACAGUACAUAGGAAUUUAUAUGUAUAUGGGUUUGUUUUUUCACCACUUAAUUAUAACGGCAGCGAUGUACAGAUUCAUCUGAUCACAAACGACAGCGGUGUACAGGGACUCACUGGACAUAACGCUCAUGUGAAUGCAAUGACGUUGGUGUGUUCCAUGUAAACUGUAACGUUUAUUCCAAGAGAUGCUGGGAGGUUCACAAUGUGUCCAUUGAGCAAAUUGCUGUUGUCACCACAGACUAAUAAAAAUCUCUGACAUCACUGAACAGUU